AUGCUCGGCAGUAAGGUUGCUGGGUUGUGCUGCCGAGUUGCGGGUGCUUCCCAGGCACUACUUGCCCAACGGGCAUCGCACACCAUUUGGUAUCCGGAUGCAAAAUUUGAAAGACAGUUUAAGAACACAAGUAUUGGCAGAAUCUGGGCCUCCGAUCACUAUGAGGAAUUCGAUAAGGCAAUUGGUUUGGAGAAGAUUGAAAAGCUUGGAAUUGAAGGUCCUGUGUGGGCUGAUAACUUCGAAGGCAAGCGUCGUGAAAAAGAACUUGAAAACAUGAUCUUGAAUUUUGGUCCUCAACAUCCAGCAGCUCAUGGUGUGCUUCGUCUGGUGUUGAAGUUGGAGGGAGAAGUUAUAAUUAAAGCGAUCCCUCACAUUGGAUUGCUCCACCGUGGUACGGAGAAACUCAUUGAACACAAAACGUAUACGCAGGCUCUGCCAUAUUUCGAUCGGCUUGACUACGUAUCAAUGAUGUGCAAUGAGCAAGGAUUUGCGCUUGCUGUCGAAAAGUUACUGGGUAUAGAAAUUCCACCUCGAGCAAAGUGGAUUCGAACCCUAAUGGCUGAGCUCACCAGAAUCCAGAACCACGUGAUGGGAAUAACGACACAUGCCCUCGAUAUUGGUGCAAUGACGCCUUUCUUCUGGAUGUUCGAAGAACGAGAGAAGAUGUUCGAGUUCUCUGAGCGGGUCUCAGGAGCUCGAAUGCACGUGAACUACAUUCGUCCUGGAGGUGUUGCAUGGGAUUUACCGAUUGGUCUUAUGGACGACAUCUAUGACUGGGCCGUGAAGUUCCCCGAAAGAAUAGAUGAGCUGGAGGACAUGCUGACGGAAAACAGAAUUUGGAAAGCGCGAACUGUUGAUAUUGGAUUGGUUUCUGCCGCGGAUGCAUUGAACUGGGGUUUCACUGGAGUGAUGGUUCGUGGAUCAGGCAUCAAACAGGAUGUUCGUAAAACGCAACCGUAUGAAGUAUACGAUCAAGUGGAAUUUGACGUCCCAAUUGGUACAAAGGGUGACUGUUAUGACAGGUAUUUGUGCCGUGUAGAAGAGAUGCGACAGUCGCUUCAUAUUAUUCAUCAAUGUCUUAACAAGAUGCCUAUGGGAGAAGUAAAAGUAGAUGAUCACAAAAUUGUUCCACCGAAACGAGCUGAAAUGAAGGACUCCAUGGAAUCUCUUAUUCAUCACUUCAAAUUCUUUACGGAAGGAUACCAAGUCCCACCAGGAGCCACCUAUGUGCCUAUUGAGGCACCCAAGGGAGAAUUCGGUGUUUACCUCGUUGCAGAUGGCACAAGCAAACCAUACAGGUGUUAUAUUCGUGCUCCUGGAUUCGCUCACUUGGCCGCCAUGCACGAUAUUUGUUACAUGGCAUUGAUUGCCGACGUCGUAGCUGUUAUUGGUACCUUGGAUAUUGUGUUUGGUGAAGUGGAUCGAUAG